AUGGAGAGCCGGCGCUGUUUGCUGCUGCUGUGCACACUAAGCUUCGUGCUGGCCUCCGGAGAGGCGACGAAAAAUGAUGAUGACAUUGACCUUGUCAGCUUUCUGAGAAGUAUCUACCCCGGGCUGCUGGUGAGAGACGAGCCGUUCAUCAUCAACAGAGACUUUGAGAUGAACUCCCUCAAGGAGCCGGGACGACCUGAGGUCCUCUCAAUCACAGCGCAAACCAAGGACAAACCAGUCAAUCAGGAUACAAAUGAGGCUCAGGGACCUGUGGUGUUAACCAAAAAUGGCCAGAUCAAGGGGGUUACGGUGGAUAAGGCCCAUAUAUUCUAUGGGAUACCAUAUGCAGACCCACCUGUCGGGGCUUACCGCUGGAAGCCCCCGAGACCUGCGAGUCCUUGGCAGGGGAUUUAUGAUGCCUCCUUCCCCAGGGCAGCAUGUGUGCAGGCCUGCAGCAGCCCCAUCACUGAGGAGUGUCCUCGGGCAGUCAGUGAGGACUGCCUCUACCUCAACAUCUUUGUCCCUGCCAGUGUGAACUUCAGCUCCCCUCUGCGGGGCCUGCUGCCCGUCAUAGCGUGGAUCCACGGUGGGGAUUUCAUCGCCGGCUCUGCCUCCAAGCCGCUGUACGACGGCCGCUUCAUCAGUAACUUCACCCGCACUGUUGUUGUGAGCCUGGAGUACCGGCUGGGUGCCUUUGGGUUCCUCGUGUCGGGCAAGGACCCUCACGCCUCGGCUGUGGGGAACUAUGGGAUCCUGGACCAGCAGGCAGCUCUUCUUUGGGUCCAGCGAAACAUUGCAGUGUUUGGAGGUGAUCCCAGCAAGGUGACAAUUUUUGGGGAGAGCGCAGGCGCUCAGUCGGUGAGUCUCCACCUGAUGAUCCAGAGCAGCAAACCUCUGUUUAAACAGGCUGUCCUGCAGAGUCUGCCCUUCUCCAUCCCUCUGAAGAGCAGACACGACGCCCUGAAGCUGGGAAAAGACUUUGCUAAACAGACCAACUGCUCUGUGAGCAACAUCGUCUGCCUGCUGUCCCUCCCUCCGCAGGCCGUCCUGGCUGCCCAGAUGAAAACAAGCUCCAAGAUCGUGAACCCGUUCAGGUUCCUGGAGGUUUUUGAGACGUGGGGUCCGUAUAUCGACGGGGAGCUAAUACAAGAGCAAGCUGUCACUGCCUUCCAGAAGGGCCACUGGCAGAAAGAGAAGCCAGUGCUGCUGGGUACGACCUCAGAGGAGGGGGUGAUCUUUGUGUAUGGCGUCUUCAACAAGCCGGUGUCUGCAGUGGAGAGCACCGUGUACAUCACGGCCAUCUUUAAACAGCACGCUCUGCGCAUCCUGCACAAGUACCUGCCCCUGUACCGGGACGCUGACCGCAGGGAUAUGCUGGCUCAGAUCGUCACCGACUACGUCUUCCUGUGUCCGUCCAGGUGGUCGGCGCGUGCCGCCACAGCGGCGGGCAGCGGGGUGUGGAUGUACGUGUUCGACCACGUGGCAUCGGACCACCGCGUGUGGUCCGGCCUGACUUUCUGCUACCAGCACGUCUGCCACGGCGCCGAGCUGCCUUUUCUCUUUGACUCGGCCUCGGUGGCCAAAUUCACCCUGUCGGUGCCAGAGAAGCUGCUGUCCAAUCGGAUGCUGUGCUACUGGGGCGCCUUUGCCCACACCGGCGACCCUUCCUCGCGGGCCCAGCAGACGGCCUUCUGCCGGGAGCAGCGUCUGCCCGUUUGGCCCCGCUACUCUGACAACAGCGGCUGGCUGGCCAUGAACCUGACGGUGCGUUCACAUGCACAAGUGGGAACCAGGAACCACGUGUGUGACUUCUGGGACAAACUGGGCAUCUACUAG